AGAAGAAGAAGAAGAAGAAGAAGAAGAAGAAGUAGUAAACAUUGAAGCAGGAAGGUCUGUGAAAGCGCAGCUUCUGGCCGCUCACACAGAUCAUCUUCAUCAAAAUGCCUCUGAUGGUUCUGACUUCUGCCUGCAGACUGAAGCCUCUUUGCAGACUGCAGAGAAUCCAGGCUCACAUGAUGUCGAGUCACGUGGAGCCGGAGGUUCUCCUGGAAAAAGCGGGCAGAGCCGCCGUGAUCACCAUGAACCGACCCAAAGUCCUCAACGCCCUCAACCUGAGCAUGAUCCGCCAGAUCUACCCUCAGCUGAAGAAGUGGGAAACUGACCCUGAGACGGACCUAGUGAUCAUCAGAGCCGCAGGAGGAAAAGCUUUCUGUGCCGGAGGAGACAUCAGAGCGGUCACAGAAGCAGGGAAGGUCGGGGAUUCUCUGGCGCAGGACUUCUUCCGUGAGGAAUACAUCCUGAACAACGCUAUAGGGUCGUACAGGAAGCCGUAUGUCGCCAUUAUAGAUGGGAUAACAAUGGGAGGGGGCGUCGGCCUGUCGGUUCAUGGACGCUUUCGAGUCGCCACUGAGAAGACGUUGUUCGCCAUGCCGGAAACCGCCAUCGGGCUUUUCCCCGACGUGGGAGGUGGCCACUUCCUGCCCAGGCUCCGGGGGAAGUUGGGUCUGUUCCUCGCCUUGACGGGCUUCCGGCUGAAGGGACGUGACGUUCAGAGAGCCGGCGUCGCCACUCACUUCGUAGAGUCUAAGAAGAUCCCAGACCUGGAGAAGGAGCUUGUGGACCUGAAGUCUCCAUCUGAUACGGAUGUCUCCAGAUUGCUGGAGUCCUUCCAGAAGCAGAGCGAUCUGGACUCUGACAAACCGUUCGUCCUGGACAAACAUGUCUCUGAUAUUGACAGGCUCUUCAGCUCCAGCAGUGUGGAGGGAAUCGUGCAGAACCUGAAGGCUGACGGCUCAGAGUUUGCAAAGAAACAAGCUGAGACGUUGUCCAGGAUGUCUCCCACGUCCCUGAAGAUCACCUUCAGGCAGCUGCAGGCGGGCGCCGCCCUGAGCCUGCAGGACGUGUUGGUGAUGGAGUACCGGCUGAGCCAGGCCUGCAUGCGAGGCCAUGACUUCUACGAGGGCGUGCGGGCCGUGCUGAUCGACAAGGACCAGAGUCCCCGCUGGAGUCCGUCCACCCUGGAGGAAGUCUCCCAGGAGAUGGUGGACGAGUGCUUCAGCUCGCUGGGAGAGAAGGACCUGUCUCUGUGAUCUGACCUGGUCUCUGUGAUCUGACCGUCUGCUGCUCCUCUGGAAAUGUUUAACAGCCGAUAAAAAGCAACAGAAUCAAAGUCGUGGUUUAAAGCCAGAAAUCAGGAGUGAAGACUAACAGACGAGCUUUUCUAAAUGUUUGCUGUGAGUCGAGUGUUUUGCAGCAAACUCAAGUACCCGCAUUACCAGGAGGAGGGGGGGGGGGGGGGGGGGGUGAUGUCAGCGCUGAGUGCUUCAUCAUAUUCCCUGUGGGUGUUUGUUGAUGUGAUCAGUUUCGUCUGUUUUUCUGUUUCCGUCUGAGCGCAUCAGCCUCCUCUGCUGCUCUUCCUAAAUGUGACGUGAAUAAAAACACGUAUUAACAACACAGCAACACCAGUUAUUAGUGAUUGUAAAAAAAAAAAAAAAAAGUUAAAUAUAGUGUCAU